CCAGGUAUAUUAUUGUCACAAUUAUAAUAAUCAAAAUGUACAAAAUACUAGUCGUUUGUAGUAUUAUWGGGUUAACUGUUGCCGAAAAUCAUCCACUCUGUGGUCAACAGUUGAACUUAGCUAUAAGUAAAGAUCAAUCUCCUUAUGUUGUGGGAGGUGUCGACGCCAAACCAAAUGAGUUUCCCUGGCAGGUAUCACUUGAAUAUAACAGUGAUCAGGUCGGAUGGUACCAUACAUGUGGUGGAUCUGUUAUAUCCGAUAACUGGGUCUUAACUGCAGCCCAUUGUGUUGACCGUAGUCUCGACGGAAGUAUGUAUCGAGUAGUGGUCGGUGAACACGAUCGCACCAAACCUGAGGGUAAAGAAGCUAUUAUCGAAGUCACAAAGGUUAUACAACAUCCUCAAUGGGACACUAAUAAAAUUGUGAAUGAUGUGGCACUACUGAAAUUGGCCCGAAAUAUCAAUUUUAAUGGCAAUGAAAGUCAUGUCAGACCCGUUUGUUUGCCCGACAAUGAAGCCGUCGACGCUAUAGUUGAUACUCAGUGUUGGGCAACUGGUUGGGGACAUACCCAAUGGCAGGGUCAAGUGGCACCAGUAUUACAAAAAGUAUUGAUAAAUAUAGUCAAACAAUCCACGUGUCGCAGCAAAUACCUGUUUGUGACCACUAUUACAGACGCACACAUUUGUUUCGGUGAAAACGGUAAGGGCACCUGUCAGGGGGACAGUGGUGGACCACUCAACUGUCCCGUUAACGGUAAAUAUUAUUCGUAUGGCGCAACAUCUUUUGGUGUUCAAUGUGCCGGCAGUUACCCGUCGGUCAGUGCCCGUGUGGCCACUUUCUCAUCUUGGAUUUGGCAAACUGCCGCUAAUAACUAAUCAAUUUUGUGUAUUACGUAAUAAUACAGUUUUUAGAUUUAAAAUAAACAUUAAUAAUACUAUAAGACAGAAAUAAAAUGAUAG